AUGUUGAAUAUUCUUGGAAAUACAGGUCUUUGUUCUGUAUCACCAAUUUGUUCCAUAUCAGAUAAAUUUCAUUCUCCAGCUGUUUUACCUUUGACAAAAAAUCUUCGAAUUUUUUAUAAUACCAUCAUUAAACAUAUUGAUAAAGAUAUUAGUGGUCGUCGUAUAACAAAAAUUGAUGCUAUUCAACGAACUUCAAGUGAAGGAGAAAAUCAAUGUCGAUUUUUAUCUGAAGAGUUACCGGAUUGGUAUUCUUAUAAUGAUAGUUUAUGGUUUAAUAUUUGUAAAUUAUCAUUUACAAAUAUAUCUGGUAGAGGUGAAUAUUCAUUAUUAGGAUGUCCAUGGACUUAUCGACAUGCAAAUACAUCAUCAACUGAUAUAAAUAUCGUUGCUGUUAAUGAUACAAUUAUUCAAAAUCGUGUUAGAGGAAGUGAUUAUGGCAGAAAAUUUCUUUUCUUGUCUCCAACUGAAUCGUCAUGUCAUUGUGAUAUUGGUUUAUGGAGAGGUGAAAUUAGUUUAGAAGCAUUAAGAGGUGGUGAGGAACAAUCGUAUGGUUGGUAUUAUUGGUUUCGUGCAAAUGCAACAAUAGAAUGGACUAAUCGAACUAUAUUUCUCAAUUCAUUAUUAUGGACGGGAACUUGUCAUGAUUUAGCUAAAAUGCCUUGUUUACGUGAAUCACGUCGUUCAAUUGGAAUAAAUAAUUUUCUAAUGAGUAUUUUAACAAUCAAUCGAAGUGCAUCUGAUCUUCAUGGAUAUAUAUAUUUCAUGAUCGUAUUUAUCUUGGUGCUUAUGAUGUUGAUAUUCAUCGAAUGA